AUGUCGGCUCGUCCCGCCUCCCCUCUGCAGACGAGCUGUCGGAGAGCAGUCGAGACGAAUCUAAUUCUGAAAGGUGGCUGCCCUGCUUCCAAAAUCCUGAAACGCAAGAGACAUGCAGGAGGCCAUCAACCAUGUCAGCAAUCCCAGUCGAGAAGCGUCCGAGGCGGUAAAAUCUUUGCCUCAACUCCGGGGCACCAGGGACAGCCCCUGUUUGAUUUUUUAACAUUUUAUGCCACUUACAUGGCAGCAUGCAAGCUGCUGAAAGGGCGCCCAUCCCCAGGUGAGCUGCAGAGCCCGAUUGGCAUACUUGUUAAAAUGCUCGCGGCGGCGGCUGCUACAUGA